GAGGAGAACCCUCUUCUCUUCCUAUUCUGCUCAAACUCUACACGCACGGAGGAAAGUGUGUUGUGUUGUUGAGAGGUGGAGACUCUGUAAAACAAAGGGCUCAAGAUUGCUCAAGCACCAGUACAGUAAAGGGGAACAGACAAAAUUUUCUGUUGGACAUGGAUGAGUUUGUUCGUAACAGAUUAACUGAAUGGGGUCUCAGUGAGUGGAUACCAAGAUUUGAAGAUGAAGGUGUUGACAAAGAAAGUCUUUUCUGUCUUCGUGACUGUGUAAUUGAUAAGUUGAUCACAAAAGUGGGACCAGCGGAAAAAUUCAGGAUGAGACUCAAGUUGUUAAAGGAAGAACACAACACAACAAAUCAGGAAACAGCUGAUGUAUCUGCUCACGAUCAUGAAGAAGCAGGCGAUUGCGUUCAGGUUAUACCAUCCACCAGUGACACAAGUGAUAAAGGAAAAAGAAAGUUGGAUCCUCAGGGCGAGUCCAGCAAAUGGAAAUCACCAGCUAGAAAACGACCACGUGACGCUAUGUCGGGAUCAAUCACAGAUGAGUUCAUACUGUCUGAUGUGAAAACCAUAAUGACAUAUGUGGAGAAUAAACUAUGCAAUGAAGACAACACAAAGCUCAAUGCUUUCCUGAAGACUAAAAUCAGUGAUUUGAAGAUAGACAAGAGGGAGCUGGUCGGUGUCUUUGGUAAAACUGGGGCUGGAAAGAGCUCUUUGAUAAAUGCCGUCAUUGGAGAGAAGAAUCUUUUGCCCUCUGGAAGUGUCAGUGCAUGUACCACAGUCAUGAUUAAAGUGGAGGCGAACAUGCACAACCCAAAGUAUGAAGCAGAAAUUGAGUUCAUUACAAAAGAGGAGUGGAGAGAGGAGUUGUGGUACUUGUAUCAUACUCCUAGAGAAAAUGCAUGUCAGGAAAAGGAAAAUGACGAUGAUGACCAUGACACAGAUGAAAAGCUGUCAGCACUGUAUGGAGAAGAAUGGAGAGACGUAUCCCUUGAAAAUCUCAUGGACAGCAAAUACUUCAGAGACAUCAAAGAAUUUCUUGAUUCCAAGAGGAAGAUUUUGACAUGUGAAUCAGCUGAAGAGCUGUCUGAAAAAAUUGUCAAAUACACAAGAAGUGACUCGAAAGUGGGAGACGGUAAAAAAGUAACGAGGCAAUACUGGCCACUGGUGAAGUGUGUGACUGUCAGGGUGCCUAAUAAUGACUUUCUCCAGCAUGUCACACUUGUGGACCUUCCUGGAAGUGGAGACCGUAACAAGAGCAGAGAUAAAAUGUGGAAAGGGAUUGUUGGAAGUUGUUCUACUGUGUGGAUCGUGACCGACAUUAAUCGAGCAGCAGCAGAGAAAGAACCCUGGGAGAUCCUGGAAAAUGCCAGUAGCAUCAUGGGAAAUGGUGGCGAGUGUCAGCACAUUCACUUCAUCUGCACCAAGUCUGAUCUUAUUGAAGAUUGGUGUGAUCAUUCAGCAGAUGCUGUUACUGCGCUCAUAAUUAACAGAAACUCAGAAGCCAAGGAAACAGUGAUCAGAGAAUUCAGAAAACAAAGCCAGAUUAAGAAACACUUCAGUGAAGACUGUUUCACAGUGUUCACAGUGAGCUCCAAAGAGUUUCUGAAAGGAAAAUAUCUGUCAUCAGAGGAUACAGAAAUACCCAAACUUCAGGAAUUUCUGCAAGAUCUCAAUGACUGUCACUCAGAGACAUUAAACUAUGUGUCUGGAGCUUACGGGAUUCUGUCUCUGAUUCAAGGGGCAAGAUGCAGAGAAGAGGCUGACAGAACAGAUGUAUGCGCAGACCUAGAAGAAACCAUGAGGAGUGAGCUUGAUAGAGUCCGAAAACCCAUGGAAGAGGCUUAUGAGGCUUUUGAAAAAUGCCUUGUUGAGGGAGUUGAAAAAUCAAAAAGUUUGUGUGACAGAAAGUUGAAGUCCAUCUUAUAUCCUCGAAAGGCUGGAGGAUUUCACCAGACAUUGAAGUGUAUAGUUGAGAACAAUGGCAGAUACAAACCAAAAAAAAGGAAACUGAUAAAUCUCAACGUUACAUUAAGUUCAUUCCUGACUGACAGCAUUGACGAGGAAUUCAGGAAGAGCUUCCCAAAUGAAGGAAAAUGUGGACCAUUCAACAGAGUCGUCAGUACAUUUUCACUUGGCACAGAGAGGCUGAUUCAAAAGUACAAAGAUGUCGAACUACAACUGAUUUUUCUCCAGACAGAGGAGGAAAAAAUUAAGACAAAACUCAACAAAACCAUCCGGGAGGAUAAGAAAACAAUCUACAGCAGUCUGACAGAGACAAUCGAGGCAAACAUGCAAGAAUGCUACAAAAGAGCAGCAGAAUUUAAUGGAACGGGCAUACUGAAUAACAUGAGGGACACCAUUGAGAAGCAUGUACAUGAUUCAAAGAACGUCAUGUAUGAGCUGGCUAAAGAUGUGAUGUUGAUCCAUCUGAAUGACUUGAAGAUGUACAUCCUGGAGGAGCUGGAGAGAACUCUGAAGGAAUCAAUUGAGCUGUCACUCAAAACAGAUGAUCACUCAAUCCCAGAUUUUUCAACAGCGUUUGACAUGGUGAGGAGACACUACAAUGAUCUGAAGUCUAGCCAAGAUGAAGAAGUGUCACUAACUGGAGCUGAUUGACCUGGCCCAGCUGCUGCACUGCUUGACAUGUGAACAGAUUUGCUCAGUGGAGAGAAACAGCAGAGGCCUGACCACCCACUGAAUGUCCCUGCAGACAUGAGGUCUCUGGAUUUGUGCUCAACUAUUAUUGUCAUGUUAUUAUCUUAGUUCUCUUUGAGUGUUGGUUUGUUACGUACCUUGACUUUGUUUUUUGGGAAUUACAUGUAGAGAGACUUUAGAUUUUAAAAAUUAGAAAUUAACUGAUUGCAGUCCAUUGCAGGGGUCUUUACUACAAGGAAACUCUGACACCCCAAAGACUUUGUGUUUUUGAAGAUUUAACAGUUUUAUAUAAUAUUUUUUCAUGUUUUUUUCUGUCCAUGAUUAUAUUUUAUGACCUUAGUUUUGGUUGAUUGGGAUAGGAGUGUUUAUGGUUCAGCCUCGAACAGUAAAAUCAAGAUUUAGCUGUUGGUUGGAUUUGACACAAACUUCAGGCUUUUCAAGUAAUGAUCUUCAAUCACAAUUUUUCCUUCAUGUUCAAGGACAAAACUUUUGCUUACUGGAAAAUAAUGAUUUCUAGAUGUGUUCAUGUGAGAAAUAGAAAUAGAUUAGUAGUAGCUUUUUACUCAUUCAGUUAUUAACUAUACCAUUUUUUCACUGUUUUUCAUUCUUAAAAAGAAUCUUAACUGAUUCAAAAUGUAAAAACCUGUUUGAUAUAGUACUGUCUAAUAAACCUCAGUAAAGUUCACUUUUGACUGGAAUGUGCCACAUGUAGUUUAGUUCCUUUAUCAUCUAUAUUGUUGAAAAAUGGUCCAUGUAUGAAGUAUAAUCUCUCCACAUUCACAUAGUUGUAAAUGCACAAAAAUACUGGCUGGUCAUGCAAAAACAAUAAAUACAAUAAAUAAAUA